AAGGAGCUAGCGGGCCUGGGUUGGAGGAGGCUGGCCGCGCUCCGCCCGGGUGAAAGGGCGGCGGCUGCACCGGGAGGGGCCAAGCUGCAGGGCUGGCGGCCGGGUUGCGGUGGGGCCAGCGAGCCGCUGAGACGCUGCGCGCUGCUGAGGCGACGCGGGGCUGGCCGAGCAGAGUCCGCGUGCGUCCGCUCUGAGCUGCCGACCCCGGCGGCUCUGCACCUCGGCCGCGGCGGCGAAGCGCCGGUGUCCCCGGCAUGACGGAGCUCAGGCAGAGGGUGGCCCGCGAGCCGGACGCACCGCCCGAGGAAAAGGGUACCUCUCUUCACUGCACCUCUUCCCAGCGAGGAAAGGAGAGGAGUUGCAUGUGGGGAUAUCUGAGCAGCUAUUCUAAAUUCCCCUAAGAAGUAACAGCUCUGAGUAGAAGGAUGGUCCCCAGGAUGCAGAGCAGCCUGCUCCUGGGUACUUUGGAUGGAGAGCCUGUUGCUGGCAUGGCUCUGGUCCCUUCACAAGCUGGGGAGCAGGGAGUCGGAGUCAGAAGCAAAGGUAGAUGGAGAGACUGCAUCGGACAGUGAGAGCCGAGUAGAAGCUGUCACCCUACCAACCUCUGCAGAUGAUACCCCAGAGGUCCUCAACAGGGCCCUUUCCAACUUGUCUUCAAGAUGGAAGAACUGGUGGGUGAGAGGCAUCCUGACUUUGGCCAUGAUUGCGUUUUUCUUCAUCAUCAUUUACCUGGGACCAAUGGUUUUAAUGGUGAUUGUGAUGUGUGUUCAGAUUAAGUGUUUCCAUGAGAUUAUCACUAUUGGCUACAAUGUCUACCACUCCUAUGACCUGCCUUGGUUCAGAACCCUCAGCUGGUACUUUCUACUGUGUGUAAAUUAUUUCUUCUAUGGCGAAACAGUGACGGAUUACUUCUUCACUCUGGUCCAGAGAGAGGAACCUUUGCGGAUUCUCAGUAAAUACCACCGGUUCAUUUCCUUCACUCUUUAUCUAACAGGAUUCUGCAUGUUUGUGUUGAGUCUGGUCAAGAAGCAUUAUCGACUGCAGUUCUACAUGUUUGGCUGGACCCAUGUAACAUUACUGAUUGUUGUAACCCAGUCACAUCUUGUUAUCCACAACCUGUUUGAAGGAAUGAUCUGGUUCAUUGUCCCCAUCUCUUGUGUGAUCUGCAAUGACAUCAUGGCCUACAUGUUUGGCUUCUUCUUUGGUCGGACCCCACUCAUCAAGCUGUCCCCGAAGAAGACCUGGGAAGGCUUCAUUGGGGGCUGCUUUGCUACUGUGGUAUUUGGCCUUCUGCUGUCCUAUGUGAUGUCCGGAUACAGAUGCUUUGUCUGCCCUGUGGAGUACAACAACGAUACCAACAGCUUCACUGUGGACUGCGAGCCCUCGGACCUGUUUCGCCUGCAGGAGUACAACAUUCCUGGGGUAGUCCAGUCGGUCCUUGGCUGGAAAACAGUCCGGAUGUACCCCUUCCAGAUUCACAGUAUUGCCCUCUCCACUUUUGCCUCGCUCAUCGGCCCCUUUGGAGGGUUCUUCGCUAGUGGAUUCAAGCGGGCCUUUAAAAUCAAAGACUUUGCCAACACCAUUCCUGGCCACGGAGGCAUCAUGGACCGCUUUGACUGCCAGUAUCUGAUGGCCACCUUUGUCAAUGUGUAUAUUGCCAGUUUUAUCAGAGGCCCGAACCCAAGUAAGCUGGUCCAGCAGUUCCUGACCUUGAGGCCAGAUCAGCAGCUCCACAUCUUCAACACGCUCAAGUCUCACCUGACUGACAAGGGGAUGCUAACAGCUGCCCUGGAAGAUGAGUAGGGGCCACCCAGGGCCAGGAGAGCGGGACCGGGGCUGAGUGAGGGGCAGGCUCCAGGGCAAACCCAGCUGAACAAAGACAAGACUUCAACUCACUGUCUUUUUUUUUUUUUAAACAGUUUUUUAUUUGUGGAUUUAAAAAAAAAAUCUGUGUAUACGGUGUACAUGUGC